GAGGAGGGGCCGUGCUCUCCCCGUGUCCCCGACUUGCGCUCGCUCAGGCAGCUGCCGCUGCCGCCGCCAUGUUGGCUUGAGAGGCGAUGACAGGAGGCGGCUGCGGCGUUUGGGACUGAAAAGUGGAGGAGAAGGAGAGACAAAGCUCCGAGAGGAAACCAUUCCCGGGCUGAGGAGAGGGAGGACCCGGCCUCUUCCGGGGACCAGCCGAAGUCGGCGUCGGAGGGGAGGGGAAGGUGGCGGCGGGUGGGAGGCGGAGGCAAGAGAGGAGCGCGGAGAAACCGGAGACGAUGCGCCCGGAGACCCGACGCUGCCCGGAGGCGCCCGCGGCCUGAGCCCCAAGGGGCCGUGGGGUCUCCCACCCGGCCGAACGCCCCGCGCCCCGCGCUCGCCGCCCCGGGCUUUCGCUUCGGCUCCCAAGUAGUUAAAUGCCCUUGAGCGCGGGUUUCCGCGGCCCGGCUCCCAGCCCCGGCAGCGCGAGUUGAGCUGUUUCCCCGCGCCGUCCGCCGGCUCCAGCGCGGCCGCCACUCACUGCUCACGCGUCCAUGUGUAGCCACAUAGUUAUCUAUGUACAUCCACGCUGGGGCAUUUUCCUCCUGCUUAAUGAGGACUUGACUCGGGAGCAAGUGUGAAUCACUGCCGGGCUGGGAAAGGAGGAAGGCGGAUUUAACCCCCUCCCACCCCGCUCCAUGUCCGUGUGUCACUCGGCUGGGUCUACCUGGUGCGGCCGGUCCUGGGGCUGCUGCUGCCGCUGACGACGACGGGGGCUGCUGCUGCUGCUGCCGCUGCUACCGUCCCGGGAGUUCUCUCCGGCUUCGGCCACGCAGCUCCUGGGGAUUGUUCUCUACGCUCGGAACCUCGGUCAGGCCGGCAAUUUGGCUCCGAAAUAACUUAUUUUUUGGAAGGCACAUCACGAACCAAUCAAGAUCGUUAAGGUUGAUUGCUGUACCUUGAAGAGUUCUCCUUUUUGUUUGUUGUUGCUUUUUUUGUUUUUGUUUUUGCCCCCGGUAAACAUCUCUGGGUGUAUAUCAAACGGCAAGAUGUCCAGUAAUGUCCCGGCAGAUAUGAUAAAUUUGCGCCUCAUCUUGGUAAGCGGGAAAACAAAAGAGUUCCUGUUUUCUCCUAAUGAUUCUGCUUCUGACAUUGCAAAGCAUGUGUAUGACAAUUGGCCAAUGGACUGGGAAGAAGAGCAGGUCAGCAGUCCAAAUAUUCUACGACUUAUUUAUCAAGGACGAUUUCUGCAUGGAAAUGUCACAUUAGGAGCAUUAAAACUUCCUUUUGGCAAAACAACGGUGAUGCAUUUGGUGGCCAGAGAGACGUUGCCAGAGCCCAACUCUCAAGGUCAGAGGAAUCGUGAAAAGACUGGAGAGAGUAAUUGCUGUGUAAUCCUGUAAACACUGUCCGCUAUGUGUGCUGUGAUGUAGUCUUUGUCUUUCAUGCUGCUGGGACGGAAGAGACCCAACAUUGCUUCAGAAUCCCUUAGGGAGAGUCUGCCUGUAAACACAUGGAACUGAAUGAUCUCAUGAACACUGUCAUCUUCUCGCAUCAGAGUAAAAAGAACCAAGAACAUUUUUCACUACGAUUUUUUAUUUCUAGUAUCUUUGUUUAUGUUGAGCAGUUUUAAAAUAUGUUGGUUUAUGAAUGCUGUCAAUCUCCGGGGGCAGAGUUAACAAGUUACCUUCCCUAGCGGAAGCCAUUUUGCUGCCACAGAAACGUUCAUCACCAGAACUAACAAAUCAAUAUAGUUUGCACUAAAAAAGAUUGACAUUAUUUUCUUCAUCAGCAGAAUUUGCAACAUGGUUUAUGGCACCUAGAAAUUCUCAGAAAUACAAUAUUCCACACUGGAAAACACUCAGCAAUUAAUGGAGUUAAUUAGUGGGCCAACUGGAGAGGGAGAAAUGGAAAAGAAACUGAAAUGUCGGGGGCGUUCUAUCAGAGUCAGCCCCGGUGGCUGCACUGGCACAGAACACACAACUGAGUGUGACUGUUUUCAUCGCAACACAUGGAAAAACAAAAUGUGCCUGCUGUUUAAAGCACUCAGCGGAGAGCUGAUGAAACAAAUUGCUUUUCCUUUCACAUACGCACUCCUCAGUCACGCGGUCACCGAGUGCUUGUCCACGCAGCACAAAAGGAGUGCGAGUGCGCUUCCUAGCCUUAACGUGGGAGGGUCAAUUCCAUACUCAUAGACUUGCAUUGCCGCGCAGAGAUAAUAGAAAACCUCAUUUACUCAUCAGUUUCAUGUAUUUGAAGAUCGGCAAAUUGAAUUUUUCCAUAAUUAUUGCUCGUCUGUAACUGUGUCCAGUGUCACACUCACUCAUUAGAGUUCAAAUGAAUUCUUAAAAUUAAAAUAGUUCUCCAUAGUAACUAAUUUUGUUUCUUUAUGUAGUUUGCAUUUGGUAUUAGUGCUUGCAAUUGUAUUAAAAUCAAAAGCUGACUUUUAAGGCAUCCUACAUGAUUGAGGAUGCCAUUCUUUUGUUUUGUACCAAUAAUUUAAAAAUUGAUAUGCUAAACCAAUUUGCACAGCACUAAAGCAUGAGCUAGUUUCAUCUAAACCUGUAAAAAUAUAAAAGAUUUUAUAUUUUUUCACUGGGAAGAAAUUCUUCCUGGAUGAAAUUACAAAUAUGUGUAGAAUAUAUUUAAUAAAAAACUUAUAAAAUACCUAACUAUAGAACUUAAAUAUAGAUUGGCGUGUAGUAUAUAGAACAAUAUUCCAUAUAAAUAACUUUAGCCUUUAUAAAAACGAAGUUGCAGGCUGACAUUAUGUUCUGUACUUAAGUAAGUGUCCAUGACCCUUAAAAACAUUCAGUGUAAAUGGUUUCAAAAGGUCAGCUUUGUCUAAAGGUAAUCAGGUUAUUUUGUUCAUUGUCAAUGCUUUGAUGAAAAGGCUUUAUAUGCAGUAGAUCUACGAAAAUACUGUUCAUACUGAUCAGAAUUAAAUUUGUAUAGAGCAGAGUUUUAAAACGAAUGUAAAUAGCACCAAACAUUUUCUUUCUGCAACCUGUACUUAUAGAUUCUUUCUGUAAACUAAAAAAAAAAUAUAUAUAUCGUAGUGCAUUUCAGUGCUAAUUUUAAAGGUCUUGGUUAAGUCAGUUAUUGUUUAAACACCGUCUCAUCUAUUGUUUAAACACCGUCUCAUCCAUGUUAAAAUUUGUUUUCUACUUUUGUUUCUGAAUCUUUAAGAAAUUUGUUUAAUAUUCUCUUGUUAGUUUCAGGAGUAUUCACAAUGUAUCUUUGAUAUUUAACCGGGUUAAUUUGCACACAGAGCAACAAUGGAUAGCAUUAUGCAGUCUCUGUUAUUACUAAAAUGUUGUAUUCGGAUGUUAAAUAUUUAUAUGCUUUGUUGACUAGCUCAAAUGUGAAUUCAGUUAGUGUUGACUUAAGAGGAAACUGAUAGUUACUUAAUUGGGCAAUUAAGCCAUUUAUGGCUCUAUUCUUCUUUUGUAAAACAAACUACUGGUAAUUAUUUUUAAUACCUAUUUUAAUUCUAAUUACUCUUCUGUCUUUCCAAAGUUAAAGACUAUUAGUUAAUUAUGAUUGAAUUUUUAUGAUGGUUUAAAAAUAAUUAUCUUUUAGUUUUCAAUAUAUUUUUCUGUGUGUUCUCAUGUUAUAAAUUUCCCUUUUACAAGACCUCAAUUUAAAGUUUGCAAAAUGGAUAAACCGGUUCAUUAGUAGAGAAGGAAUUAUGUCACUUAAUUCCUGAUAACAUUAACAUUGUUGUGCAAAAUGGAGAACAAAAUAAAAUAGCAGUAAAAUUAUAUACUGAAAACACCAAAAAUUUAGAUGCCUUAAUAGUAUAUCCAUGAAAAUACUCAACUAUCCCUUUGAAAAUAGUUCCUUGGACUGCCUGAGGUUAAAAUAUGAUUAAUCAUAUCCAAGGCUACUAUUUGAAGAUCCCUCUGCCAAAAAUAACAGCUCACUUACCGAGAGGUAAAGGCUGCAUAGAUCCGUAAUGUAAAUAAAGCCUGAAUUAUGGGCCUGUGACCCUGCCCAGUGCUUGGUAUCUAACUCACCUCUUUUACCUAAAUUAUCCUAGACUUUCUUAAGUGUUCUGGACAAGGCAAAGCUUUUCUUCUUUAUUAAAACCUCAGCAUGUCUCCUUGAUCUGAAUUAUUUGCUUUCUGUUCAAGAUAAGUUGUAUCUUAUCCUAUCAUGAAAAAUAGAGUAUCUAACAUCGUCAGUCACAUUAAAUGAGGUUUUCUCAUAACAAACAUUUAUCCUUAGUUUUAUGUCAUCUUGACCAAUGUUGCAGUAAUUUCUGUUAGCUGAUUGUGGUAAACAAUGUUUAAUGUGAAAACAAAUUAAAACUUUCUUCAUCUGUUGUA